AUGACAACUUGUUCAUCAUCUGAAUCUUUUAAAAAUAGUCCUCUUAACUGGUUUGCUGCAUUUAUCUCAACAACAGUGGAUCAUCUAGAGAAUGACAAUGAAACCGAUUUCAACGAUAAGGUUAAUGGUCUCAAGGAGUUUCUGUCUGAUGAAAUGGAUUACUUCGAGUUCAUGACCUUAAAUUUGACAGAUAAAAAGGACCUCGAUUGCUGCUGCAAGAGUAUUGACCAAACCGAGCUUCCUUUGAUGAUGUUGGACUUGGACAACAACAAUUUCAGUGGAAAGAUUCCUUCUAGUUUGUGGAACUUAUCAACUCUGAUGGAGUUUUCAGCCGCAAAUAACCACUUGGAGGGAAACAUUCCAAUGGAGCUCGGUGCUUGUGUUUCACUCACUACAUUGGACCUUGGAAACAAUCAACUCAAUGGCUCUAUUCCUGACAAAUUGGUGGAACUAAGUGAAUUACAGUGUCUACAACAACAUGCUUUCCGGGAGCAUUCCGAGACCACUCUCGCGUUUGACGAAUCUAACAACUUUGGAUUUGUCUGGAAACUUGUGUCAGGUUCCAUUCCAGCAGAGCUUGGAGAUGCUGUCAUACUCCAAGGUGUAUAUUUGGGACAUAAUCAACUCUCAGGUACCAUUCCUGGUAGUUUCGGAAAGUUAACUGGUUUGGUGAAGCUGAAUUUGACAGGAAAUGUGUUGUUUGGAUCAAUUCCAAUUAGUUUUGGGAACAUGAAGGAGUUAACUCACUCGGAUUUGAGCUAUAACAUGCUUAGCGGCGAACUUCCAUCAAUUAUGUCAGGUGUGCAAAGCCUUGUCGGUCCUUACGUGCAGAAUAAUAGGCUUUCAGGCCAAGUGGGGGAGUUUUUCUCAAACUCCAUGACAUGGAGGAUCGAGACAAUGAAUUUAAGCCACAAUUGCUUUGACGGAAACUUGUCGUGGUCUUUGGGAAAUCUUUCAUAUUUGACGAAUUUAGAUCUUCAUCAGAAUCAGUUGACCGAUGAGAUUCCUUCAGACCUUGGGAAUCUAAUGCAACUCGAGUAUUUUGAUGUUUCGGAUAAUACCCGGUAG